GUUCAAACAGGAAGCAGCUCCGUGGCUAACUUCCGGUUAGCUUGGUUAGCUCGUGUGUCUCAGGCCGUGUCCAGGUGUGUUGUGAGUCUGCGCAGCAACAAUGUGUUCCGUUGAGCCUCUGAGAGAGUUUAUCAGAGAGAGACUAACUGCUGCUGCUGAAGAAAUCUUCACCCAGCUGGAAAAAACCAUCGUCCAGUACGAGGAGGAGAUCGACCGGCAGCGGAGGCUGCUGGACCUCAGCUGGAGACCCCGAACCGAGCAGAACCCCGCAGACGUCCAGCAGCGUCUUGUCAGCAGGAAGCAGCAGGUUCUGAUGGCGCCACUGCUCUCCAACCAGGAGACGCUUUCCGGACCGGCGGAACCAGAAACUGUGGACCGGAACCCAGAGGCUGUGCAGGUUAAAGAGGAGCCGGAUGAUGAGAUUGCAGGUCGGGAUGAAGAGCAGCUCCAUCUCAAGCAGGAGGCCGAUUCCUUCACGGUGAGUCCAGCUGAGGAGGCUGGAGAGGACAGCAACCCGGACCCGGUCCCAUCAGAACCGGGCCCUGGAGCCCAGGAUGAAGAGCCGGAGACGAGCCGGGAUGAAGCGUGGGAACAGAACGGGAAGCGGACGGAGCAGAAGCCUCUGCAGGGCCUGUUUUCCUGCAAGACGUGCAGCAAGUCUUUCAGCCAGAAGGGAAGCCUGACCAAACACCUGCGGCUGCACGCCGGCGGGAACCCGUUCACCUGCCUGAGCUGCGGCCGCAGCUUCCGCAAACACUUCAGCCUCAUCGUCCACAUGAGGAUCCACACCGGGGAGAAACCCUUCCCCUGCCUCGUCUGCGGUAAGAGCUUCUGCCAGCGGGGCAACCUGAACGUCCACAUGCGCACGCACACCGGCGAGAAGCCCUUCCCCUGUCUCACCUGCGGGAAACACUUCCAGAGGAAGAGCAACCUGACCGCCCACACGAGGAUUCACAAGAGGAACGCGCUGUGCGUUUCCAUGGUGAUGAAGGAGGCGGUCUGACCAGAGGAGGGUAGACAGAUGCUCUGUCCGUUUCCAACAUGGCCGCCUCAGAAGGCAUGGAGUUCCCGUAGCUGUCAGUUCAUCCUCGUUGCUUCUGUUAACGCUGCUUCAUGUCUCUCUAACAUUCAACUUGUACAGAAUCUCAGUUUCACAGUUUAACGUCAGAGAAACAAAAACAAAAUCUUCACAGUCUGAGAGUUUAAGGACAGUGGUGGAUACGCAACAUCUAAACAUUUCCAUAACUACGUUUCCAUCGUUUUAUGCAGUUUGAAGUAUGACAUCAGAAAAGGUUGAUGGAAAUGGCAAAAUUCAAAAUAACUUCUUCAAUUUCAUAAAAUUUUUUACGUCCCUUGAGAUGGUUUAAGGCUUUUCCAAAAAAGAUUUAAUGCACUUAAUGGGAAUAAGUUCUGAUGUAGCGAACGCUGCCAUCCACUGGUGGGUCUCUGCAUUACCACAGGCACCAAUCUGAAAUGUUUGCUCCAUGCUAGCUAGCAACGUCUACUUCCUGUUUGUUACAGCUAUGCGUAGCAUCAACAUCUGAUGAGCCUGGUUGAUUCACUUCAAAUCUGUGAAGCAGGGGUCCCCAAACUACGGCCCGCGGGCCGGAUCCGGCCCGCCUCCACAUUUGGUCCGGCCACCUGAACAAUA